AUGGGCGAUGAUCAAGAUCAAAGAAGGGCAAUUGAUUGUGUGAAAGGUUACAUAAUGGGAAACAUCACUGGAUCUAAUGUUUUCGCAAAGCACAACCGACACCUUUUACGUUACUUCGACAGCGAAGAAGUGGAGAAAGCUAGUGGGCGACAGGU